UUGUAAUGUGUGCUGGAACUGAGUCUUUUUGGUCGUCGCUGUUCGCCGUAGCACGCAGUUUUCACAACGUGCAAGCAACGAAGUCAAGACUUGAGUUUUCGUCAAAAACCGCUGCGGACGCCAAAUAACUACAGCGACGACCAUGGAAGCAGAUCAAGAGAUGUCUUCAGUUGAAAUGAAGGUGGUUAGACAAAUUGAGUACUAUUUUGGAGACCACAAUCUUCCAAAGGAUAAGUUUCUCAAAGAACAACUGCUGCUUGAUGAUGGCUGGGUGCCUUUGGAAACUAUGCUAAAAUUUAACAGACUGAAGUCUAUAACCACAGAGAGCAGCGUCAUUGUCACAGCUCUACAGAAAUCAAAGACUGGCCUCGUGGAAAUCAGUGAAGACAAGACAAAGAUCAGGAGGUCCCCAGAUAAGCCCUUACCUGACUUUAAUGAUGAAUACAAGGAUGCUGUCAAACACAAAUCUGUCUACAUGAAAGGGUUUCCCCUGGAAACUACACUGGAUGAAAUUCAGGAAUGGCUGUCUAGUAAAGGAACCAUAGAAAACAUCCAAAUGAGGAGAAACCUCCAGAGGCAGUUUAAGGGCUCAGUUUUCAUCUGCUUCAACACAGAGGAGUCUUCCAAACAGUUCCUCGAACGUUCAGACAUAAAGUCAUUCAAAGACAAUGAGCUGCUUGUGUUAUCAAGGGAAGACUACCAUGCAAAGAAAGCAGAAGAGCGCAAACAGUCCAAAGCAGAGAAUAAAGCCAAAGCUAAGCAAGACAAGGAGCAGCAACAGAAAGAGGCAGAAGAAAAAGAAAUGGGUUUGCUUCUGGAGGAACAGUCCGGCUGCUUGUUGAGGUUUUCAGGAGAACUGGAAGAUGUUUCCAGAGAGGACUUUCACGUGUUGUUCUCAGGACACGGGAAGAUAAAGUGGGUCGAUUUUACCAGAGGAGCCAAAGAGGGCACUCUACUAUUUGAUGGGAAAGCAAAAGAGGCAUUCGAGAAGGCCAAGGAGGCAAAUGGAGGGGAGCUAAAAAUCAAGGACAACAGUGUGACAUGGCAGGUGCUGGAGGGAGACGACGAGAAGGAGGAAUUGAAAAAGAUUAUCGAAGCUCAACAGGAGUCAUACAGCAGGUCCAGAGGCAGAGGUGGAAGAGGAAGAUCUGGUGGCAGGGGCAGAGGUGGCAAAAGGGGCAGAGGUGGCCGGGAUCAGGGGAGAGCACAUUAUCAGGGCAAAAAGACAAAGUUCGACAGUGAUGAUGAAGGCGUUGAAGAGGCACCUUCGACUCAGAAGAGAGAACGGGACGAUGCUGAUGGUCCUGCAGCAAAAGUUGCCAAAACAGAAAAUGGAUCUUAGUCACAAGAAUACUUUUUUUCUUUUUUUUUUGUGAAAACAUUUAUUAUAAACAGAAACAGAGACAAUAUAAAAUCCAUUCCACUUAAAACUUCAGGUUUUUGAGAAUCUUAAGAAAUCCACUUGGAUGUCGACCUAAAGAAAAAAAGAGAAAAGUUAAACAGUGAUCGCCAUCAGAUAUCAUCAGAUGCCUUUUAAGUCCCUGUACAAUAAUGUUCAUCGAUUAUGUAGUUUUGUUUGUAACAUUUUAAGGUAUUAAACACAUGAUCUAACUGGGACAUUUUAGUUAGUUUUGUAAGGCCUGUGGAGUUGAUGCCCCACUGUGUGUAUUUUGUUUUUCAUUGAAUUCCAAUAAUGAGUGAGAACAUCUGCUUUGCUGUUUUUUAAGUUUGCAUAUGUGAAUAGAAAAUAAAACAUUUCACAAAACAA